AUGCGGAUCGCGCUCCUCUUGGCUGCCCAUGCUUUCGGGCUAGCUCUGGUGGAGGCCUAUGUUGUGCCCUUCUCUCAAGCCAGCAACGUAUCAACAUCUUUCCUCGCUCCAAAGAGACAGAAGAAACGUAGCCUUAGCAAGCGCGAUGACAACCCCAGCGACUAUGGCUGGAUCAAGCGUUGGGCCGCCGUAGGCGAUAGUUACACGGCGGGCAUAGGUUCUGGCAAGCCUCUCGGCAACCCCAUCUUAGACGACCCGGAGAACACCAAUUGGUACUGCUCCCGCUACGACACAGCCUGGCCGAUGAUCGUCAAUGACGCCCUAGGCCCCAGCGUCGAGAACUUCCAAUUCGUGGGAUGCAGCGGCGACAGAACGGGCGGCAUCUACAACCAGAUCAAGGCUCUCGAAGGCGAUCUGGACUUGGUCAUGUUGACAGCCGGAGGCAACGACCUUUGCCUCGCCAAGCUGAUCGAGAAGUGCGUCUUGGUGCCCAGCGGCGACUCUUCUUGCGACAGCGUCAUCGCGAUCGCCCAAUCAAACAUGGAGUCCAUCCUCAAAGGCAACAUGAAGCAGUUGAUGGCGGCUCUGGAUGAGAAGAUGAACGACGACGGCGUCGUCAUCUACAAUGGCUACGCUCAAUUCUUCAACACCGAGACGGAAGACUGCCAAAACCAGCCCUGGGCGUAUGCCACGCUCUGGCCGGGCAAUUCGGGCCUGACCAUUGAGCGCCGCAACACCUUUAACGACUUUGUGGUUCAGAUCAACAAUAUCAUCAGGACUGUCGUUGAAGAGACCUCCAGCAAUUCUGACUAUAAGUGGAAGAUCGGCUUCUCAAACUGGGACCCGUGGGUGUACGACGGUGUUCAGGGCCAGAUGUGCGAUCCGGACGGAUCAGGCGAUUACCCCGACCCUGAGCAGCCCGACCUGCAAUUCUUCAAGCCCGACACCAGCGUCAGCGACGACGACGUAGACCUCAAACGCAGGUGGGAAGAGUAUGGGCCUCUGGCCGAGACCAGGCGGGCUGCCCUAGCUGAAGUCGCCCGUCGCAACCUUGAAACUGAACUAUACAACUCACUUCUAUUUAACUCGGCCAACCCUGGCGCUGAGGUCAAGCACAAACUGGACCGCCGAAACCCCUCACCUCCUGGAUGCCCCGGAGACACGGACGACGAGAUCCAGCCCCCGUCCAUCGGACUGCCGGACUGGGUCGGCAAGAACUUCCACCCCAAUGAGCUGGGUCACUACACCAUCGCUUCCUUCGCUUUACAGACUCUCGUGGACACUCGUGCUGCCGUUCUGGACAUUGAAGCCCCCUCAUGCGAGGCGCAGGACAAGUUCACAUGCUGGCAACAUAAUGGAGACGGGUCCAAGGCCUACGCAUCAGGCGACCGACUCAACGAGGACUACAAGGACUUCUGUGAUAGUGUGACUCGUCCCACAGGCCAGUCUGGGUGGAGCUACGCGAAGACAUACCACAAGGGCACGCCUGACGAGACCGGCUUUCUGCUCUCCAUCGCCGAGGGGAGCACCAACUACGACAAGCAGGAGUGUCUUGACAAGAUGUGGGCCGUCAUCAACAACUGCGACGGCAACGACCCGGAAAACCCUAUGAACUGGAAGUUCGGCGGCGAGUACGUCCACGGCGACUACACAUACCAGGUCAACCCCCAGAAAGACAACCGCCACUGGCCGGUCCCCAAGGAGGCCGGCGGCGACUGCAAGGGCUGGUACCAUGGCUAUUGGAGCAGCUAUGUCAUGCACGGCUACGGCUGGGCAAGCCAUGAUUUCGGUCAGAAGACGCUGAUGAAGGAGGCCAAGGACUGCAUCGGUGGUGGCCUGUCGAUGUGGAGGUUUGAAUAUUUCGACGAGCCGGACGAUGACGGCAAUGAGUGGAAGGCCGACUUUAACACUCCUAUCUGGGUCAGAGCGCGAUGCUUUGGCAAUAAUAAAGCUCAAUUCGCCGCUGGGGGGUUCACACAUGGUUGUGGUGGAAAUGACUAA